AUGCAACUUAAACAUCGAUCUAUUCUCUUGUUGAUCAUUGUUAAAUUAGUCACUGGUCAAUAUUCUCACCUUGCUAGUCAGAAUUCUGACCUAGUCAUAUCACUUUCAGCAGUGCUCGGAGCACAAUUAGUAUUCAAUCUUGAUAAGAUCAUCGAAUUGAAUGAUUCGAAAAACAUCACUUGGUAUAAAGGUGGUGACGACUUGAAACGAGCAAUCUUUACCUUAGUACGAUCGACACAUUCAUAUAUUGUACCGAUUUCAUCACGCUAUGUUAUCGUCAAUCAGACAAAACUUCUGAUCUUACGAACUCUAGUUGGUGAUGAAGGAUUCUAUACAUUUGAAAUUAAAAUUAAUUCAAAGAACUCUGAAUACUAUUUCUAUCAUGUGAUUCUCUUCACACAGAAUCUUUCACUUUCUAUCUCACUACCAUCAUCUUCUAGACAAUCGACGUACCAUGCUGGACAACAGAUCAACUUCACUUGUUCGAUAUCUUUAUUUGCUGACCGUACCUUUAUCGAACGAUUUCGUUCGACACUUCUUUCAACCUGGUAUAUGACCAUCUAUAGUCAUGAUUCCGAUCGUUAUGAAUUAUCUCCAUUAUCAUCUAAUUCUUACUCAUAUGCAGCUAAUCUCCUGAAUUACGAUUUGGAUCGUAAUGAUCACAACCAACAUGUGUCUUGCAUGCUUCUACAGCAAGAAUUUCAAACCACGAAAGCCAUUCUGAACACGAGUUUACCAACUAUACUGAACGUCGAAUAUAAAGCUUAUCUGCGCGGUAAUUAUUAUUUUACACGUUCAUUCAACAGUUAUUCAUUGAUUGAAAUAAAUUGCGAAGAAUUUGAUGGAAAUCCAAAACCAGUCUACACUCUUAUUUGGUUCCUAAAUGGUGAAAAUCAAACAUUACUGAAUCAAAGUCAACACGGACGAUAUUUUAUUGAAAAUGCUACUUGGCAUCAACGAGGACAUUACAUGUGCUUGGCAGAGAAUUAUCUGAAUUAUCGUGUACCUGCACAUCAGUCAUUUCGGUUAAAUAUUUGGUUCAAUGCACAUCAAAUCGAGUAA